AUGCACCUUCUUAAAUUAAUUGGUUUCGCUGCCACGUUGGUCAUCGGCUUGCCCCUUCGGGAACGCGUGCAGCUGGACAGCUACCUUCGAGAGGGGUUGCCGGAACUGCCACAUAUUCCUAGUCGAGGUUUAGUCCGAGUAAAAGUGCUUGGCGAAUACGAAAAUGACCUUUCGGACUCUGCACUCAACAGCCAGCACUUACUACUCAUUCCCAGCACUGAUACUACAACCCCAACUACAACCCAGCAACCUACCCAGACCCGAGUCGACGCACAAACAGAAGCCGACCAUUGCUCGUACCGAACCUUCAACCUCCGGAAUGCGUAA